AUGAAUUUGAUGGAAGAUAAUCCUCCUGACGUUGAGGAGUCUCCUUUUUCAAAAUGUUGCCUUCCUUUGCGAAGAGUACGUUUUUUCUUUACUUUUCGGCAUUCUUAGCGGUUUCAAUUAUGUAUUGAUAAGUUAACCCCUUACACGAAAGUUCGAUGGGCUAUAACCCUCCUCUUUCUCUCUCUGUAUGUGCUAAGGAUUGCGUAUAUCCAGGUGAGAAUCCGUUUGGAAUUUUAUUCUCUAGGGAUUUCACAUCAUAAGCUACGCUUUAGCCAUAUACCUACUCAGUUUAUUUAUUUCUUCAAUAUCUCCCCGUGUUGAUCCGGCGUACGCCGAUUUACUGGGUAAGGAAGCCUUCUAAGUCCAAUUUUGUAGACGAAGAACCUUCUCUGCCUAGAACUGAAGGCGAUGAAUUUAGGCCCUUUAUUCCUCGACUUCUUGAAGCCAAUUUUUGGUUAGUCGUCUUUUAUAAUAUGUUUAAUUGCACAUAUUUUAUAAAAUCCCUCUCCGGCAACAUUGUAGUGAAAAACCGUUAUUUUACUCCUCGGCGCCUGUCAUUAUGCCCAUUAUGAAGGAAAAGGUUUCAAAUAUGUAUAGCGAUGGUCGUCAUGUUCCUGUCAAGUUGUCACCAGGGUUUCGUGAUCCGCAGAUGUUCAGACAUCGGGCAUAACUCCCCCAUCGUCUUAAAAACGGUGUUUAAGAUUUUAGUUCUACUAAAUAUAAAUUAGGUCUUACAACAUGUGAAUGGCCGUCCGGUUUGUGCACUGAAGUACUUGUUUGGAUCAUGUUGUACGGACGUACAACAUGAUCCAAACAAGUUUCCCAAUGUGGUGGCGAGGAUCCUCGCCACCACAUUGGGAAACUAAUUUAAAAAGAUAAUCGCGAUCACACCAUGACACUACAAUACGUGUUCUGAGCACGCUGAUCUCAGUUUUUGUCCUUGACAUUCCCAACUUUAGCUUUGGCGACGAAUUUGCCUUCGCGUACAGACCGCAAUUCAUAACUCUAGGGAAAACUGCCUUCUCCAACAAUUUCAGAAGCCUGUCGGCUUGCAUGCGUGGUCGUUACACCUACCAGUAACUUAAUGUAACUAGCCAGUCAGUGGUAUACUACUGCAUUCUUUCCGACGUUCUGUUUUUUUUCGCCAAGGACUAUUAUGAUCAAACUCUCCCCAAUUCUCUUCUAUAAAUACUUUUUAUACCUGGCACCGGUAGUACUUCUUCACCCUCGACCACCAGUGACAGUGGAUCUAGAGAGUUCGGUCCAUUCUCAUUCAGAUAUGGAAAGUGGAUAACAAGAGUUUAGUAACCACCUCCAUGUUUUGAUAAGUAGUACAGAGUUAGAUUUGUAGCUGACCAUUUCGCUGCCUGCAUUAAGGCGAGGCGUCAGAUUAAUCGAAACAGCCUUGUGCACACGUGGUUGACAAUUCAGCAAUGCUCAAACCACUUCGAUCGUUCUUUGGGUAGUCCAAAAUAUCCUCGUAAUGCAACAGUGAUUGCGAUUCACCUCAGUGGGACUGGAAUUCCUAUGCUUAACUCGUCUUCCACGCGCGUUGAGCGAUAUCCACGGCUGUAAGGGCGAGGGAUGGUGGCCGGAUAGAUGCGUUGAAAAAGAUUAUGCUUGCACUAUAUCCACAGACGCUUGAAGGCCUGCAAAAUUCUGUCUACACUGUUAACGCUGACAACGGUAUCAUCCUUGCUACUCCUGUUUUUCAACAACAUGAUCCUCAGAUAUUUGAAAUUGCUCACUCCUUCAUUUCGACGGCCGUUAAUCAAGAGUGGUGUUUUCUGUGAGGCAAAGCGAGUAACUUGGCGACUAGUUCGCCUAGGAUAACAUUUUGCGAGAAUCUAUUGCUGAAGUCUACCACAGCGAUAUCGUCAGCGCCUCCAAGGUCCGCCUGUUGGUCUCCAAGCAGUAUUUGGACACUUUCGGAGUUGCAUAAAGCCUCUUCGGGAGCCUGUUUAAUGGCUUGGAGAAUGGACAAUGGAUGCAACUGUGUCGAACGAUUGACGGGCUGUUGUAGGCAAGUACAUUCGUAGUGGCUGUGUUGUAGUGCGUCUUGGCCAUGGUAAUGUCCCUAUCGUACCGUCUAACUUCAUUAUUUGUCGCGGGACUUAUGUUGAUCAAAGCAGACUGCCGUCGCUUGUUAGUAACCGUGGUGGAAUUUGCAAACUUUCACCGUAACGUUGGCAUCUGAUCCUACCGCUCCCGUUAAAUUCGGAACCCGGUUUGUUAGGUACAGUCCUUGAACAUACAUUUUAAACUAUGAUAAUGGCGAAAGAAAAGGCCCUUGCAACUGUCUCGUUGCCGUGAUGGUCCUCGCACUUUGUCUUAAGAAAUGCACACAGGCCUGGUCUGUCUCCAGUUGACAAUUUGACUAACCCACGGCGCUGCCGACUCGCUCAUGUUCGUAAUUGGCGGGCGUCGACUGCUAAAGACCUUCAAGAGUUCUCUGCUAGCUCAGCUACAUACUUUUAACAUUAAUCGUCCCCUUCACACCGGUCCGGCCAGCUGUCCUUAUCGACCGUACGGAAUGGUUUGGAAUUUAAGAUGUUUGGCAAGUAAUUUGAAAAUACGCUAUGAAUCAACAAUUAAGUCCGGAUCUGUCUUGCUGAGGAAUAUCCUCAGUUCAGUCGAAUAAAGGGAUCCCACCGGUUUCUGUGAUAUCGUCGGACUGUUCCUAACUAAUCUGUUAGCGGGCCCUCAUUUCUUCAAUCGGUCUGCAGGUUUACUCGUGUAUCGUUAAUCUUUGUGGCAAACCCUAAAACUAGAUGAAGUGUCGGCAGAAUUUGUCGCCGAAAUCAAAGUCUAUCGUCGCUCCACCUCUAUCCGGUUGCUUAUCUCCAACCGUGCUCGCUUUUGACUUGAUCGAAUUUAAGCCAGCACGCUGGCUGACGGAUUUUGACUACGCCGAUGACAUCACCCAGCUGGCAUUAAAGUAUGAUGACCUACACUGCUGCUGGUGGGCCAGGUUUUUAGAUUUGUUGAUUUAUCCAUAAAAGCUGCAGCAAGUGUACUGUUUUCGAGGUAUGUCGUUGACACCCUCGUAACCAAUAGCUAUCGGCAUGGAGAAGUAGUGGUUUCAAAGAUUUCUGAGGCAAAUUGUUGCUAGACCUGCGGAGGAAUGGCCACACUAUCACUCGAACAGGUGUUGCCUGGGGGGUUGUUGCAAGGUUUCGAGAGCGUCUGCAGAUACCCCAUAUUAUCUUAAUCUUCCAUCCCGCCAGUCCUGUCGGUUUUAACCGAUCAAAAUUGCCUGAGAACGAUCUUUUGCCAAAGACUGGUGAGCCCUACCUCAUUAUCAUUGCGACUAUAUUACAGGCCAACCAUUACAAAAUGGCUGAAGUUGUUUGAACACUUUUGUGUGCUGUUUUAACUAGCAUCACUGUCGGCUUUGCCGUUUUCCAAGUCUACAGUGCAAGCCGUUAAUGUGCACGGAGAUUUGCGGGAAUGCGGUACAGCCGAGGUCCGCUUUCCCUCCCAGCCUGUAGGUAGGACCUCAUCCGUAAGCCGACGAUAGCCUGAAAGCCCUGUUGAAUUGCGGGUGGCAUGAACCAUGUAGUACUAUUUUAACUUGUGAUAUCUAACUAGUUUGCCGUACCAGUGCGCCACAAAAUCUGACGGUCUUUCUUCUGCACGUUCCUCGAUUGUCUGUUCAUUAGGACUGGUAGCCUGUUUAUUUUUUGACUAGCCCGUUAUGAGGGCCGUUUCGUUAUCUGCUGUCGGUCGGCACGCCGAGCAAUCUUCAAACAGAUGCCUGUUGUUUUAUGACUGCCUGCAUGGAACGAAGGGGGGUUCGACCUGCCCGCCAUGGUCCCGCAAACCAUUGAGGUAGUUCUUCCACUCGUCACAUUCGGUCUUCGUCGCUGGAAUAGGGAGUAGGUCGAGCCCACAAGAUGCCGCAUUGUCCGUUAUGUCGCUGACCACAUAGGGUAUGCCCAAAGCCGUAGCAGCCACAAGUAGGGCAUUCACACACUUUUCCAAGUGUUAAGUAAUCCCCUUUGACUCAGCACAAUAUUUGUUUAUGUCUUACACAGGAGCCGUUAUCCCUAACGGAAGUGUGUUAAGUCCAAAUUUACAACAAACGUUGAGACUUCGGUGUUUUUUGUAUAGGUCUCCGCUCUCCUAACAUGAUGCUUGCGUACGAUUCCCUCGCGAAACCUCACUGCAUCCACGCGAUUCCCAGUUGAAUGUCACGCCAGUAAUCUUUCCUUCAUUUUGUGUGACCAGCCUGUUUACUUCCGCGGCAUCGAUCUGCCGGCUGUCAUUGAUGGGUUGCUUAUGAGCCUCGGUCAGUGUGCUCAGCAACUUAUAGAGGACAUUAUUGUCUGGAGACAAACCACCGUAGCUGUAUGCAUAGGGCUCAAUUAAGUCUCACCCUUUCACUCAAAGUUACGAUAGAGCAACCCCGGUUGUUUGCCGAGUCAAACUUCUGGGUUGUGAAUACCUCCCAUAUGGUUGUCCACCUUGGCUUGGACUGUGCAGGCUUACAAACUAAUGGCACUACUUGCUAGGGGAGCGAGGGUACGCAAAAUAAGUCGGGCACAUGCAUUUGGUCUUUUUGCGCGAUUCGCAGUACGUUUGACGGCUUUCCUGAUCUUGAUCGUUCACCCUCUCUUAUCUUUGCCUUCUGUUUUACUCCAGGUACUGUGCAACGCGGGCUGUGAUCAUCAGCAUCCUGUGUACAUUCGUCCCAUUUCUCGAUAUCCCCGUGUUUUGGCCAAUUCUAGUCCUCUACUUCCUCAUGCUCUUUACUGUCAUGAUGAAACGGCAAAUUAAGGUGAUUGAAAUUGCAUCAAACUUCUUUUUCUAUAUGUAAUUUACUUUGAAGGCAAGUACAGUCGGUGUCGCACAUUUGCCAGAAACACGGCUUUUCGGUUAGAUUCCUCAGUCACCCGCUGAUCUUUGAAGCAGGUAGACAAAACGACAUUUUUGUUGAAUGUCAGGUUAACUAUCGCCAGGAACGAGUUAGCACUUAGUAGCGACAUGCAACGCAACACAGGAGAGCCUUGCAGGCGGUCGGAAUAACUGUACUUGACCCCUUCCCUCCACAGUCUUGAUGAAUGUAGCCUUCUAAUGCUAACAUGGCGGACCUUUGUUUAGUAGCACUACACGUUCGACAUUUUCUGCGGUGAUAUCCAUGCAGACACUGAAGCAGUUCUCGGUUAUUUAUGAUCUGGUCUGUAUAGUACAGUAGGUGGGCUAACUCAUGAAAUGUCAACCGAAAUUCCGAAAUGCGCCUUCUUUUCGAAAAGAUUAAUUAAUUAGGGUUGUAAAACCAGUCAGCCUGCAACACAAUUCUAUAAUGACUCAGUCACCUCAGGAUGCCGGCUUUCGAAUGAACUGCCUUCCGGCCGCAUGCAACAACUGCACACUGUAAAAAUGACUACUUAAGAGCCUGACUUUUUCUCAUUGAUUUUCGAUGCCCCUAAAAGUCCAAUCAUAUUUCAUGGAAAACAUGCAUAAAAAUAUUCAUCCUUAUGCUCAUUCGGUAGAUAAUUACGUCUUCUAAUUUUAUACUCGGAGGGACAUAAUUCGGUUUUCAAAAAGUUUCUAAUUGUGGGACUUUUAAAUACCGUGAAAUGGCCGUUCAUAAAACGUCAUGUCUCUGCAUUUACCAAUGUGGCUUGUAAAUUUAGCAUUAUGGAUCAAAUCCAAUGCUUGAUUUUAUGAACCCUAUAUGGUCCCCUUUAUUACCGUAGAGAAAUGUGUGUUGUUUCCCGUACGCGGAAAAUGUACGGCUUGUAGUUUGGAAACCCUGAAUACAAGUGUAACGGUAGAGCGGGUUUAAAAUUAUUCGGGAAUUGGAAAAGUUUUUGAACACCAAAUUUUACCCUUCCCUCGUGUAUGAAAUUAGACGAAGACGUAAUUAUCUACCGAAUGAGCAACAGAAUGAAUAUUUUUGUGCAUGUUUUCCAUGAUAUAUAAUUGAACAUUUAGGGGCACCGAAAACCAAUGAGAAAAAUGUAUGCUACGUAAACAGCCAUUUUUACAGCGUAUAGUUUUUGCAUGCAGCCGGAAGGAAGUUCAUUCGAAAGCCGGUAUCCUGAGGCAACUGAAAUAUCAUGGAAUUAUGUUGCAGGCUGACUAGUUUUACAACCCUACUUAGUUAAUUUUUUCGAAACGAAAACGCAUUCGGUUGACAUUUCAUGAGUUUGCCCACCUACUGUAGUAUACGUCAAGGUCAACCAGCAGGAAGGGGUAAGAAUCAAAAAGAGGAAAAAGGUGACUCGGAUCCCACCUUAGUGGGAAUACCAUAAGGACCGCACUAAGGAGCCAUGGCAGCCCGACUAUCCUUCUCUUGAGAGGACCGAGUUGUCUUGUUAGUUGACAGCCCGCCAGGCCACGAAAUUUAGCGCAUCUUGGUGGUUUGGAAGCUCGUCAGAUUGUUUAUAGUGGAGUAAUGGGCUGAAGUGCCGUAGGGGACCUGCAUCUAGGCGUGUCACGACCCCUCCCUCCCCAUGGGUAACAUUUGUUGUGGGAUGUGCGCACUUUGCACAGCCAGGUUAACGCGUUCCGUGCCCUUCAGUGCACCUGUCUCGUGGCCCGUUGUGUGGACACUAAUGUCAGACAGAGUGGUUGCUCCAGCACUUUACAGUGUAUGUUGCCCGGUCCGCACGACAAUCGACCUGGCCUCUGCUGUCCUUGGUCUCCAAGAUAAAUAUUGUGCCCUCUCCAAGAAUCCUUCAGUGCACACAGUCGUUGGGAUCCCAGACCCACGCGCUGACGAGGGGGCCAUAUCAGUGUUUGUGGGCGGGGAGCAUGACAUGCGACAACAUUUUGGUCAACACAACCUAUUACAAUGAGCGUCUUGUUGUCUUUCAGAGCGUCUUUUCAUAUCGGCACACCCCCUCAGUGAUCAAUUGUGUCCUCUUGUCUGCUGUCUCGUGAAAGCUCUUGCUCUGUGUGGAUGAAUUUUUGAUGGCGGCGUCCUGCCGAUGCUCUUCACUUGAUCGUAGUUCUUUUUAUUAAUGUUGGCAAAUAACCCCAACGCAAACUCCGGAGGCGUUUGCUAUUGCCCGAACUGUCGCUCAUAGGGUAGUUUGGAAACGACCGGAAGCUGUUUUCCCGGGGCGGCGAGCAUCUGCUGGAAUAGUUUGAGGAUUAGUUGGCAGCCACCCGCAUUUUGCUAUACCUUCAAGAGCGGCAGGCGUAAGCGGGGGCACUCGUGACUCCGACCCAGCUGACUGCCGCGAGAGGAAUUUUGACUCAUUGUUGAAAUUCAGUUUAGAAACACAAUAAAUCCGUCAGUCCUACACAGUUUAGCAAGCAAGUUGCUACACACAGUUUUGUUCCAAUGGAAUUAUGUCUUUAAUUUGACGAAAGUCCGCCAUUCCAUGUUGAACGAGCUAACGCGCCAGUUCGCUUAGCUGAAAACUCCCCUUUUGCUCCAAGUUUUGGACAUCAGUUUGCUGGAGCUCCUUUUUCCGGUUGGUGUCGACCGAAUUAGGUGCCAAGGGGAUCGAAGUCGGUAAGAACCAUUGCAAGUUAUUGCUGGGUUAUUUGUUUCUUUAACACAGGGUGAUUCUCUGAGGUGACCGGCCUUCCUCGGGUUUUUUCGCAACGCUUUCGUCAGCUAUCCUUUUUGUAGAGCGCACGAGGUCCUGAUUUAAAAAAACACUUAGUCCACCGUCUUUCUAAUGCCCCUUACUCGGUCGAAAUUACUGCUCAACUACCGUUGAGCACUGUUGGUUCUGCCGCAAUGCUCAAUCUUUGAGGAGGUAGCUGUGGGACAUGCGUGAAUUUGUCUAAUGCAGGACGGACUUUCUAAGCACUUAUCUUAAUCCCUCUUUCCGUAUCCAACAUGUUCCAGUAGUAAGACGAGGUCGGGACGGCUAGAGAUGAGUGCUCACACAGCGGCAUGGUGGCCAUUUUAGCAGCUUUCGGUGAAACAGUCCAGAAUGGCGGAUUUACACCACCUAUUCUCCCUUGUUUAGUGGCAUCCCCCGUCGAGUUAAGGUAAAGUGUAUUGUUGAGAUUGUCCCACUCCUUUCUUUCCGAAGAGUGCUUUUCUGGAAGUUCGAUGCACCAGAGGUUUCCAAGACUUUGUGAGGUGAUUCGUCAUCCCUGGUGACUAUGACAAGACUUUCAGAGCCUGGAUGUAGACCAUUGGUAAAUCUGAAAAUUUUUCAUCUAGUAACCCUGUUGGUGGCUAUUCAGCCUUCAGCCUUGUCCAAAACCAGUAUUUACUCGUAGGCCAAGCUUAAAGUUCCGAUUCUGGUAUCCGUUUGAUUUCCAUUAUUCUGAAUUCUUUCUACACCUCAGUGAUCUAAGUAGGGUUUUCAUCCAGUAAACCUCGAUACCCCCCUUAUCAAUGUUGACAUCUCAGUACUUUUGCACUACUCUUCCGCUUGAAGGGUUUACGAGAAUUCCCUCGCCCUGCGAAUAAAGACUACAUUCCUGGACCUGGUAGACGUGAAGUGACCUGGUAUUUCUAUUCGCGCUGGAUAGGGUAUCACGGCCUUGAGGGUGGACAUCACGUACUCCACUUUUCUCGAUCCUGGUCUCUAGAAGCUGUUUAGCCUGUGUGAGGUUCGGGCUAGAUCCAUUGAAAAGAAUCUGAGAUACGUCUUGGUAGUAGGUUCUUGAUCUGUUCGAGGGCAUUUCAAGCAAGGCUCUGCUCCUCCACUGGGUGUUAUUCAGUCGUUUUUCGGUGACUGAUAUGAGGAGUAUCUUUGUUUUGGUGGGUUUUUGUAGAUGGUCACUUAACGAAAUUGAAAAUGGGCUCAUGAAGAGCAUUGCUUGGUUUCCUGACCUGUUUCUCGUCUUCGGCAUUUCCGGAGCGCUGUAUAUGCCACAGUAGGCUGUCUGUUGGCAUAAGAGGCUCAGUUAGCUGCAGGAAGUUUUGUUUGCCUGGGAUUUGAUAGGGCCUUCCCGUUUAACAACUAGAUGGCAAUUUCCGUUCUUAUAAAGCCUUGCGCCGGUUAUUUUCCCGACACAUUUAUUUGAUUUCCUUUGUUGACUACUUUUUAAACACCAGUAGGCAAUACUUUGUAAUAAAUCCAAAAUGCGAACGGCCAAUUAGAUGCGCCCUUGGAACUAUAGAAUAAAACAUCUUUCUCUCCCCCUACGCAACGGUCAGGCGAAGUCAACGGCAACAUCUUUUUAGUUUCCUGUGAAAUCCCCUCAGUCAGCUUGUCGAGCUUAUUUUGACCAAUGCACCUUACGUUGGAGAUGGAGUUAAGCGGGGCCUAGGCAGUUAAUCCGAAGAUUAUUGGCCUUAAAUGCUGAGCUGGAAUUCAAUCCGCCUAUAGUCGCCAUAUCAAAAUUUUGAUGAGUUGCCCUGCUGUUCGCGCGUAUUAUUCUGACAGUUUUUCCAUCCUAUCUCUUAGCACAUGAUCAAGUACCGGUACAUGCCCUUUACUUACGGCAAGCCGAGUCACGUAUCAGGAAAGAAGACGUCCAAUGUGAUUGUCUCCUAA